AUGGGUGUACCAAAAUUCUAUCGAUGGAUAUCAGAACGAUAUCCAAACAUUAGUCAAUUGAUUAAUGAUAAUCAGAUACCUGAUUUUGAUAAUUUCUAUUUGGAUAUGAAUGGAAUCAUUCAUGCAUGUUCACAUAUAAAUGAAGACAAUUGUGAGGUUAAUGUGAGUGAAGAAGAAAUAUUUCGAAAUAUUUUUCAUUAUAUUGAUUUCUUAUUUCGAAUGAUAAGACCAAAAAAAGUCUUUUUUAUGGCCGUUGAUGGUGUUGCGCCACGAGCCAAAAUGAAUCAACAACGUGCAAGACGAUUUCGUGCUGGUAAAGAUCGUAUGAAAAAACUUGAACAUAUAGCAAGAGAAUCUGGUCGAACAUUAAAUGAAGUAGUCGCGAAACAUUUCGAUACAAAUUCUAUUACACCUGGGACACAAUUUAUGGCUCAACUGAAUGAGCAAUUAAAAUAUUUUGUACAUGUAAAAAUUACUACAGAUCCACUAUGGGAAAAUGUAGAUAUUCAUCUGUCCGGUCAUUUAACACCCGGCGAAGGUGAACAUAAAAUUAUGGACUAUAUUCGAUAUACCCGUUCUCAACCUGGAUACGAUAUCAAUACAAGGCAUUGUUUAUAUGGUCUUGAUGCUGAUUUAAUUAUGCUUGGUUUAGUCACACAUGAAAUGCAUUUUGCACUUUUACGUGAAGCAGUCAAGUUUGGUUCGAAGAAAGUAUCAAAAAUUCCUGCACCUGAAGAAAUUAAUUGGCAAAUACUUCAUACAUGUUUAGUACGUGAUUAUAUCGAUCUUGAAUUUCGUUCUAUAAGAAACAAAAUAAAAUUUCCAUAUGAUCUUGAAAGAAUCAUUGACGAUUGGAUACUCAUGGGUUUUCUUGUUGGAAAUGAUUUUAUUCCACAUUUACCUCAUUUUCAUAUUAACGAAGAAGCUCUAUCGAUUCUAUGGGAUACAUAUAAAAGUGUUUUGCCAAUUCUUGACGGUUAUAUGAAUGAAUCUGGUGAAUUGAAUUUGACACGUUUCGAAAUAUAUAUAACCGAAUUAGCUAAAUUCGAACAUCAACGAUAUGCGGAUGAAAAUGAUUCAUUUAGACAUCUGGAUAAAUUUACUGAACGUAAUCAAAAUUCAUCAACAACGAGAUCGGAAUUUGAUAAAAAUAAAGAUGAUGAUAAUAAUGAUGAUGAUGAUUUUGGUUUUGGAGUAUUAGACAAAUUAAAGGCUACAAAACCACCAGCACCGGAAAUUCAAGAAUCGAAAAAAGAUAAUCCUGGUCAAGCUACUACGGAUGAACCAAAAUCAGCUGAUUCGGUCUCAUCACCCUUAUCGUCAGAUGACAACGAUAUUUUAUCGGAUUCUGAUACAACUAGCGAGACAUCGAACGAUAAUGAGAAAAAAUCUUCUUCGACAGUACCUAAAAAUACCAUUGAAGAUGAAAUUGAUAAGUUGCCAUUAAUCGAAGCUGAAUUUCGUCAACAUAAAAAUCAUUAUUAUCGAGAUAAAAUGGAAAUUAAUUUAACAUCAUUGAGUCAACUUCAAAUAUAUGUUGAACAAUACAUUGAAGCAUUACAAUGGAUAUUGAAAUAUUAUUACCAGGGCUGUCCAUCAUGGUCAUGGUUUUAUCCACAUCAUUAUGCACCAUAUUUAUCUGAUUUAAAAAAUUUCAAAGAUAUGAAAAUUUCUUUAGAAAGAGGAACACCAUUUAAACCAUAUGAACAACUUUUAAGCGUUCUUCCACCAACAAGCUGUUCUCUUUUGCCAGCUAUAUUACAACCAUUAAUGACCGAUCGUGAAAGUCCACUGUUAAAAUUUUAUCCUGAAGAUUUUAAAUUGGAUCAAAACGAAAAGAAAAGAGAUUGGGAAUCUAUUGUGCUUCUUCCAUUUAUUAAUGAAGAACUUCUUCUAAAUACAAUAACAAAAUAUUAUAAUCAACUAAAUCCAAAUGAAAAACUGCUUAAUCAACAUUUACCAUCGUUGUGCUUUAUAACAACAUCAAAAUUGAAUCCAAUUGAAAAUUCUUUAGAACAUAAUCCAUAUUUUCCACCAUUAAAAGAAACUCGAGCAACAUUCAGAGAAUAUCCAAUUGAUUUCUAUCGAUCAGAUAAUCUUAAUAUUAAAUAUGGUCGUUUUGAAGAUAAAGAUAUGAUUAUUUUUCCUAGAUUUCCUGUUUUAAAUGUUUUACCAUAUCAAUACGAUUAUAAACAUAGUGCUAUCAGUGUAUUUGACACACGUUCGAAAGGUUCAACACUUGUUUUAAAUUUAACACAUCAAUCUGAUUCUGAUUGUAUAAAAUAUAAUGACGAGUGGAAUCCAAAAGAUGAAAAUACUUUACCACCUUUUCAAAUAACAAAUCAACGAUUAUUAAUUGAUCGUUACUUAGGUAAGCGUGUGUUUGUCAAUUGGCCUCAUUUUCAAUAUGGAUUUGUUUGUGCAAUCACUGAUUUUCAAAAUUUAUAUACAUGGGAAAAUCUGCCGGAUUUACCAAACUUUUAUUUUGAUCCAACAAGUAAUGACAACAAUCAAGAUUUUAGAAAUUAUACUCAAAAACCAAUAUAUGUCAGUCAUCAUCCGUUUGAAUUAUCAAUUGAUCAUCAUCAAAAAGUCGUCUAUAGAGUAGAUCGAUUAGAUGAAUAUUAUACACGAAUGGAAUAUCAAAAAGCACUUCAUAUUAAUCGAGAUUAUAAUAAUCGAAAAGGUAUUUCUAUAGGACCAAUACCAAUUUUACUUUAUGUAUCUCCUAUACUUGGUUAUCGAACAAAAUGUUUCUCGUCAUCAGAUAAAUGUCAAACAAUGAUGUACUUUUCAAAUCAAGCAUUAGCUUAUCCAUUGCAGACGACACUUUUUAAAUUACCCAAAUAUAAAUAUGAUGGUGAUCAAUUGCCACAAACAUUAAAUGAUUAUUUUAAAAUUAAUGAUCCUAUAUUUGGUCUUCGAUCACCCUAUUAUUCAUUUUUCGGUCAUGUACAACAGAUAGAUAAAGAUAAUCAAGGAAAAUAUAUGAUUUCAUGUCAAAUGAAAUUAUCUAAUAAAAGUGAUCAUCCCGAUCUGCAUCAAUUCGAAAAUAAACUUAACUCACUUCGAUUACAAUAUUAUACAGCACAAGAUAUCGCCGCUCAAUUAAAAACCGCACCUUGUGUUAUUUCAAAAAUAACUGGCAAAGUUAAUGUUAUGGCUCAGAAUCAACGUCGAAGAGCGAAUCCAACUAAUGUUGGGCUUUCCUGGAAACAUAACAAACCUGUUAAAGAGCUUCAUGGUUAUACUAAGAAGUUCAACGAUAUUUGGUACUAUUCAACUACAGCAAUAUCUGUCAUAGCUGAAUACAUGUCUAAAUUUCCUGAAAUUGUUUCUGAAAUAGAACGGAAACCAAACAAAGAGAAUUAUUUAGAAACGAAUAUUUGGCAAGACAAAAAUGGAAAGCAUGAAAUACAACAAGUUCGUAUAUGGAUUAAAAGUUUACCAACGUAUUCAAUGCAAAUGACAGAUGCUGCUUGGCAAUUACUUGAUACACACGUUGUAAAUGAAAUACAAAAUAUGGUUAAAUCAUUUUAUGCAAAACGUCAAGCAAAAACUCUAACUGAAAAAAUCAAACUGGUACGUUUUGAACCUCAUUUGUUAUUUAAAUCGGACGGAUUACUUGGUAUGUGUGAUCCAGAUGUUAAAGCAGAUUUUAUGCUAUUGGAUCGUGUUGUUAAUGUUCGUCCUGAUACAGGUGUACCCAUUGGUGCACGUGGUACAAUUAUUGGCAUUAUGUAUGGUCGUACGAAUUUAGAUACGUACUAUGAAGUUUUAUUUGAUACUUUAUCUUCAAAUACUCUCGAUACUAUGUUACUUGGUAAAAAUCAACAAACAUGUCGUAUUAAAGUUCGUUCAUAUCAUUUACUUAAUUAUUCUCAUUCACUUCGAUACCGUUCAAUCAAUUAUCAACAACAGCAAUCUUUACCUUCAAGUUAUUUGUACGAACAACGUUCAUUUAAUCAAACAUCAACAUAUCGACAACAGCCAGCAGAGAUUGUAAAAAAGGAUUCAAGUAAUGACAAAACAUUGAAAACACCAAAAUCAGCACCGGCAUCAGCUACGCAUCACGAAUCAUAUUUUGCUCAAGUCAAAGAACAAAAAUCAACGACCGAUGAUCCAACACUGUCUCCUUUAUCAGCAGAACCACUAACACAAUCUUCUGUUUCAAAUGAAAAUAUUUCCUCCGUUCCUUCACAAGUCAAAAGUACACUUAAUCCAAACGCAACAUUUACACCAAGAAGUGCUAUGGCACCAACAGGAACGCCUAUGACACACUUUUCUUCAAAUCUAACAGCUGAUUCUUUAAUAUUUCAUCCUAUGCAAAAUUUUAAUCAGUCGCAAAAUUCUUUUCAACAACCAACAUAUGAAAUGAUUUCAUCAACACCAAUUCAAAGUUCGAAUCCGCAAACGUUUACGCAGCAAGGAUGGGGACCUAUGUUAUAUCCUAAUUCAGUAAUGAAUGAACCCAUCGGAAACAUGUCACAAGUGCCAAUGUAUGGUGCUACAAUGGCUUUUAAUCAAUUUGGCCCUGGUACCUAUGCUCAACCAAAUAAUCCUGAUUCUCAAGGAGUGUAUCAUGCCUAUCCCAUUGGACCUAUGAUUAAUCCUAUGCCAUUAAAUUAUGAACAACAAUUGCCAAUGCAAAUGCAGAAUUUUAGUAUAAAUCAAGGUCAGCCCCAACAAAAUCCUUAUUUGUCUUAUGAUCCUUCAACAUUACAAACUCAACAAAAGAAUACAAAAUAUUAG